AUUGAAGGGGAAGGAACUGCGGGUGUGUGUGUGUGAGUGCGUGUAUGUGAGUGUGUGCGCGCGCGCGCGCCCGAGUGUGUGGACAAGGAGGUGGGGGCAGCGAGUUAGAGUACCAACUCCUUGGUCUCCAUUUGCUGUUCUCUACCCACCCCCCAACACCUAUCUGGUGGUGGUGGGCGUCCUAUUUGCGACUCUUUUCAUUCAUUUUCAAGGCUUUUGAAAUUGUCGGGUUGGGGGCGGUGGGGCAAGGCAGGAAAGAGGAAGGGAGUAGACUAGUGGCAGAAGAGGAGGUGGAGGACAUGGAGAUGAAGAAGAGGAUUAACCUGGAGUUAAGGAACAAAGCCCCGGAGGAGGUGACAGAGUUGGUCCUUGAUAAUUGUCGGUGUGUCAAUGGGGAAAUUGAGGGCCUGAAUGACACUUUUAAAGAACUAGAAUCUCUGAGCAUGGCUGAAGUGGAACUAAGUUCACUGGCUCGACUUCCCAGCUUAAACAAACUUCGGAAGUUAGAACUUAGUAACAAUAGCAUUUCCGGAGGCUUGGAAGUCCUGGCAGAGAAAUGUCCAAACCUCACCUACCUCAAUCUGAGUGGAAACAAGAUCAAAGAUCUCAGUACAGUAGAAGCUCUGCAAAAUCUUAAAAAUUUGAAAAGUCUUGACUUGUUUAACUGUGAGAUCACAAACCUAGAAGAUUAUAGAGAAAGUAUUUUUGAACUGCUGCAGCAAAUUACAUACUUAGAUGGAUUUGAUCAGGAGGAUAACGAAGCACCUGAAGCGUCUGACGAGGAUGAUGAUGAGGAUGGAGAUGAAGAUGAUGAAGACGAAGAUGAAGAUGAGGCUGGUCCACCUGAAGGCUAUGAGGAAGAGGAGGAAGAUGACGAAGAGGAUGAGGAGGAUGAGGAUGCAGGCUCAGACUUGGGAGAGGGAGAAGAGGAAGUGGGCCUCUCAUACUUAAUGAAAGAAGAAAUCCAGGAUGAAGAAGAUGAUGAUGACUAUGUUGAAGAAGGAGAGGAAGAGGAAGAAGAGGAAGAAGAAGGCCUUCGAGGAGAGAAGAGAAAACGAGAUGUUGAAGAUGAUGGAGAAGAAGAAGAAGACUAGAUCACUCUAAGAGCAGAUUUCCGAGUAGUCUUCCGGUUUGCGAUAGAGUGAUCUCGUCUGUUUCUUCUUGUACCAUAGGUAUCCACUGAAAACAACAUGUAACUUUUUAUAGGAAAAGUGUGGUUUUACUAUUUUUGCCUUUUUAUCAUUCCAAAUAAGAUUUAUUAGUUUGUUAAUGAUCAUAUUGUAUGUAGAGGAAAUUUUUCACUGGCACCUCCCUUCCCGCUAUUCUGAAACUUCCCGCUAUUCUGAAAAAAAUUUAUUUGGAAUCUUGUUUUCUCAUUCAUGCUCUCUGCAUCAGUCAUGCUUAGCCCAUAAUUAAAACAUGACAGCUUUCACACAGGACUAGUAUAGUGCAUUUCAUUCAUAGGUUUUAACGUUAUUUAUAAACUAACUGAAGUCAGUCAACUGUAAGAUGAAAUGACAGUAAGUCUUCUUGAACAUGAGUUGGUUAUUUUUUAGCUACAUCUCAGAGUUCUUUAGUAUGAAGGCAGUGGCUUUUCUUUCUAUGAUAUUUGAAGUGCUGCUUUGCUGUAAGAGUUGCUUGGAAAGUAGAAGCAGAAUAAACAGUAAGGCCCUAUCCAGCAAUAGACUUUCAUGGGUUUUAUGGAGGCUUUUGGACCCUCUUUUAAGCUGGGUGGCUGGUAAGAUGUUAUUUUUGAAGGGAAAUUUGCUUCUACUAAUUGAGACAUGCAGGUGAGCCCUUCUUCAGGCUGCAGACCAUGACGUCACAGGGGUCAUUUGUUUCUAGGUGUGCGUUUUUUCCUCUCAGCAAUCUCCUUAGGAUCACCUGGCUUGUUUUCACUUUUUCCUUGUAUCUCAAAAAAAUUAAGUUGUGAAACUUGUGGCUAUCCAGGAAAACCUUUAGUCUUAUACCUCAACUACCUUUUUAGACCUACGUUUUAAACAAGCUAAAGUAAUUGUGUUUUCUCUCAGAUACCAAUAUUAUCCUAAUAGCUCUAUGCAACAGGCUCUGCUUACUAUAGCUCUCUUUUGGUUGACAACAUGCACAGACUCUUACAUGAAGAAGAACAGAAAGCAAGGGAGGCUAUGGGAAGCCACACAUCAGUACUUUUCAAGCCAGAACGGCUGCCAGUUGAUAAUUAAUGAGAUGGUCAAGUCAAUAUUUUUAAGUUGGCUUCCAAAAUGGUUUGGAUAUUGUCUUAUAAAAUAUAGCUUUCCUGAGGAGAACUUUUAUUCCUCCUGUACUUAUAAAGAAUAUUACAGCAUUUAAUUGGGAUAUGUUAGGCAGCUGGCAUAUUUUUGAAAUGUAAAUUUAAAUUAAGUUUUGUUUUCAAAUAGAUGGCCAUUAAAAAAAGGAAAAACAUCUGGGAUAAGUGUGAAUGUACCUAAGGUGGGUUUCCUUAUAUGGCUGCUAAAAAAUAUGAGAUGAAUAUAUCUCCAUUUUUGCCUAUUUUCAAAUUUUGGCUAUCUGAAUGAUUUCCCUUUUGGAUAUUUGUAAAAAAAAUAAAUAAAAGUUAAUAUCAGCAAAUUAGUUGAAGUUACACUUUCAGAUUGGGACUUGGGACUUUUUAAAUUUAAAUGUGAGUUUUAAAGUAAAUAUGAAGUUAUUUGUAGAGAAACUAAAAAGUUGCACACUUGACAAAGGAAAUUCUUAGGAUCAAUCUUGGAGGGAUUGGAAUCUCCAAAAGACUAAAACAUUUGACCUCUUUUUCAACAAUUGACAUGCCUUGUUUUAGUCCCUAAGAAUUCCCAUCACAUAGUAUGUCAGACUAUAAAAUUAUUUUUAAAAUUAAAUCUAUAUUUGACUUUCUUAUCAAUCAUCUUAUUGUGCAAUCAGAAAUAGAGUUCUUUGGUUUGAAAACAACGUUUAGAGCCUCCAGAUAACUUUUAGAACUUAUUUAGCUUUGUGGGUGAUAUUUUCAUGCAAAUAAGUAAGGGUGGGUUUUAUAUUUUGUAGAGGUUUUUGGUCCUAUUUUAAUGCUCUUUCUAUGGCAGUGUGUAUAUAGUGUGUUAAGUUCCUCAAGAAUCUCUCCUUUAAAAACUUUGAAGUUAAUACUUUUGUGUAACUGUGUUUUGAAUAAAGCCAUGACAGUGUUAAAAAAACAACAAACAAAAUAUGCAGUACUCCCGAUCAUUCUCUUAUUGUUUCUGACUGUUCCCUGAUUUUUCUGUGACUGCUGUAACUUAAAAGUUUUUGAAACAAUUGCUUCAAAUAAAUUGAAGAUUUGUUAUAAUGACUA